AUGUCUUCUCCCUCGCGAGUGUGGUUUAUCACUGGCACCUCCUCUGGCUUCGGCCUCGAAAUGGCUCGGUGCGCCCUCGGCCACGGCGACCGUGUUGUCGCCACUCUCCGCAACCCCUCGACCCUCUCGACCCUCUCCGCCCAGUACCCCGCCGCGCAACUCCUCGUCACCCGCGUCGAUGUCACCCAUCCGAAGGAGAUCAAGGCCGCCUUCGCGCUCGCGCUCGACACCUUCGGCCGCGUCGACGUCGUCUUCAACAACGCGGGCUAUGUGCUCGCGGGCGAGGCCGAGGGCACGCCCGACGCGGACGCCCGCGCGCUGUUUGAGGUCGACUUCUGGGGCGCGGUGUACGUCUCGCAGGAGGCGUUGCGGGUGUUCAGGGAUGUGAACGUCCCGAGGGGCGGGAGGCUCAUCCAGAACAGCGCGGCGGUGGGGCUCGUCGCGUUCCCGAACAUGGGCUUCUACGGGGCGGCGAAGCAUGCUUUGGAAGGAUUCUCGGAGACACUGAGCAUGGAAGUUCAUCCCGACUGGAACAUCAAGAUUACGUGCGUUGAGCCUGGGGCGUUUGGAAGCACUGGCAUCCAGCACAAGUUGCAGCUCGUCCCUCAGCAUCCUGCGUACUCUGACCCAUCUUUGACGGUGUCCAUCGUGCGUCGGUCGUUUGCGGAGGGUGUCAACGAUGGAGAUGCUGCGGCGCGUUUUGGUCACAGCGACGCGGUGAAGGGAGUGGCGAGGAUCUACGAGUUGAGCAAGUUGGACGACCCGCCGAUGCACUUGCCGUUGGGCCUCGACUCGGUCGCGUUCUUGAGUGAGUAUGCUGAAGGGGUGAGGAAAGAUGUAGAAGAGUAUGCUUCGUGGUCGGAUGACCUGGAAAAGCGUAAUUCGUUGUAG